AUGGCGGAUAAUCAUCCCAAUGAUCUCUCAGCUAUCAUUCCGGAGCCUCUCAUGAUCUUGGAGCAGCUUCAGUCUCCGCCUCACGAGCCGAUCAAAGAUGGUGAGGUGAAAGAAUGGAAAAGACGGGAGGCGCCACCGGAACGUGAUUGUUGCGGAAAGAAUUUUGGAUUUGGUUGCGACAAAGGCCAACGUAUUGUCUCUGAUUCUUCGUUUUCCUCAGCUAAUCAUCAUCCCAAGGAUGAGGCUUAUCUCUCAGCCGUCAUCCCGAAGCGUAUCAGGUUCUUCGAGGAGUUGCAAGCCAAGCAGCUCGAGCAUCUUCAGUCUCUGCCGCACGAUCCCAUCAAGGUUGCAUUGCCAGAUGGCAAUGUAACAGAAGGGAAGAGAUGGGAGACCACUCCAAUGGAAAUCGCACGGCAGAUUUCUAACAGUUUGGCAAAUUCAGCCCUGAUUUCUUCGGUUAACAAUGUUUUGUGGGACAUGAAUAGGCCACUGGAAGGUGAUUGUUCGCUAGAAAUGUUCAGAUUUGAUAGCGUCAAAGGCCGGGAUACUUUCUGGCAUUCUAGCGCCCACAUUCUCGGCCAGGCUCUCGAGCAGAAGUAUGGCUGUAAGUUAUGCAUUGGGCCAUGUACUACUAGAGAGGAGGGUUUCUAUUACGACGCAUUUUAUGGCGAUCUGAGCUUAAAUGAAAAUCAUUUUCCAAACAUCGAAGCACUUGCUGUGAAUGCUUCUCGGGACGGGCAACCCUUUGAAAGGAUUGAGGUGACCAAGGAUCAGGCACUUGAGAUGUUUUCUGAUUCUAAUUUUAAGGUUGAAAUCAUCAACGGCUUGCCUGAAGAAAAGACCAUUACAGUCUACAGAUGUGGUCCCUUGGUUGAUUUGUGUAGUGGACCGCACAUACCAAAUACUUCCUUUGUGAAAGCAUUCAAGUGUUUAAAGGCGUCUUCAUCUUAUUGGAGAGGUAACAGAGACCGCGAGAGCCUGCAGAGAGUUUAUGGGAUAUCUUUUCCGGAUCAUAAGCAACUGAAUGCUCAUCUUAAGUCUAUUGAAGAAGCGAAGAAAUAUGACCACAGACUGUUGGGCCAACAGCAGGAACUUUUCUUUUGUCACCCACUCAGCCCUGGAAGUUGGUUCUUCCUCCCACUUGGCACUCGCGUUUAUAAGAAGUUGAUGGAAUUCAUUCAGAAUGAAUAUUGGAAAAGGGGUUACACAGAGGUCAUUUCACCAAAUAUCUACAACAUGAAACUCUGGGAAACAUCCGGACAUGCUGCAAACUACAAGGAAAAUCUGUUUACGUUUGAUAUUGAUAAACAAGAAUUCGGACUGAAACCUAUGAAUUGCCCUGGUCAUUGCUUGAUGUUCCAACACAGAGUUCGCUCAUAUAAAGAAUUACCCAUUAGACUGGCUGACUUUGGAGUGUUACAUCGAAAUGAGGCAAGUGGAGCUCUUGGGGGGUUGACCCGCGUUCGACGGUUCCAACAGGAUGAUGCUCACAUAUUCUGUACAAAGGAUCAGGUUAGAGAAGAAGUGAAAGGUGUAUUGGGUUUCAUUGACUAUGUUUACACAAAAUUUGGGCUUACCUAUGAGCUGAAGCUUUCAACGAGGCCAGAGAAGUACCUUGGAGAUUUGGAAACAUGGGAUAGAGCUGAAAAAGAUCUUGAAGAAGCGAUAAAAGAUUUUGGAAAGUCAUUGCUGAGUAUGCAUCCAUUCUUAACUGUGAUGUUUCCUGCAGUUAAUGAAGGAGACGGAGCAUUUUAUGGCCCAAAGAUAGACAUAACAGUUUCUGAUUCAAUGAAAAGGAAACUACAGUGUGCUACUUUACAGCUUGAUUUUCAACUUCCGGAUUGCUUCAAACUAGAAUACUCAUCCUCAGCCGGGGAUGAAGUGAAGAGGGAGAGACCUGUGAUGAUACAUAGGGCAGUGUUGGGAUCUGUGGAGCGUAUGUUUGCCAUGUUGUUGGAGCAUUACAAAGGAAAAUGGCCCUUCUGGCUUAGUCCGCGCCAGGCCAUAGUCUGCUCUUUGUCAAACGAUAAGAAUCAUUGUUCUUACGCAGGAAAGGUGAGAGAUCAAAUUCACGAAGCUGGGUACUAUGUUGAUGCUGACAUAACGAAUCGAAGCAUCAAGAAGAAGGUGCGAGAAGCUCAGGCUGCGCAGUACAACUACAUACUUGUUGUGGGUGAUGAAGAAGUUAAAACGGGAGAAGUGACUGUUCGUGUAAGAGAGGAAAACCGUUCAGACCGUGCAAAAUUCCCGGUGAUUAGCAUUGAGGCUUUGCUGGAUGUAUUCAAGCACAAGACUGACAACUUUCUCUGA